GGUUAUGUUUAUGUGUCUUUUUAGAUUUAUGUACAAUAAGUUUGUUCCCAAAUGAUUAUGAUUGAAAACAACUUAUUAAAAUUCAUCCUUGAAUUAUGAUAUUUAAUGUUUAUUCAGAUGACAAUGUUGUACGAAAGGGAAGAUAAUUACUAUUCCAAGACAAAUUAGUAAUUUGAUGACUCAAAAGAGUAAAAACUUAAUGAACUGCAAUUUUGCUAUUUUUUUUUAAUAAAAGCAAGUAUUUUAAUCACAUAUAAACAACCAAUGUUUUUCUUAAACGAAAGUACAAUUAGCAGGCAACGAUACAAAAAUAUCUAAUCCAAAAAAUGAGAAUACAUAGGAACAUGAUUUGUGAUAAAAAGCAUUUAUUUAUACUCCUUGUUUUGGGUUGUACUGUACAAGCUGAAGUUCCAAAAGGGAUAGAUAGAACACCGAAAGUUAAAGUCAAUAAAUGCUGCGAGAAGAAUGAAAUUUAUAUAGGAAAACACUGCGUUAAGACCAACAAAACCAGUGAAGAAUGGAGGCCUCUUUUUGUUACCGAAAAGGGAGUAAGCAAUCUGCAAAUUAAUUACACGUUAGUUAUUGGACGUCCAGAUUGUGGGCAUGUACAAACAUGGCCAAUUUAUCAUUAUUAUAAUUCUACUGACAGAUUAAGAUUAUUACCUAAUGGUAUCUUAAGACACUAUUUUGAUCAUAUUGAUAUUCCUGAUGCAUUUGAUUUAGAUAAUAUUAAUCCCACUGCCCCAUAUUAUGAUUACGAACAAGGAAAAUAUUGUAUUGAUAAGAAAGAAGAAGGAAUUACCAGUGAAUUUGCCUUGGUGUGCCUUCCAGAUGCACACAGACAAUGGAUAAUGAGCACAGAAUUUUUAGUGUACAACGUAGUGAAUCCCAUAACACAUGGAAUAUCAAUGGUUUGCCUAUUAAUUGUGGCAAUAAUAUACUUUGUAAUGCCAACUUUACGAGACUUAACAGGAAAUAUAAUAACUACCAUAUGUAUGUGCCUUAUACUCAGCCAAACUGCUGAUAUGAUAAGACUGCUGACUGUUUUUAAAAACCAUAUCAGUUUAAUGAUUACUGAAACAAUUUGUUACUUAAGUAUGCUGGGUGCCUUUUUCUGGCUCAACAGUUUAGCCUACUACAUUUGGAAAACUUUCAAGUCUAGAAACGUAUUUUUGCGUAUUACUGAUGGCAAAAAAUAUUGUUACUACUCUGGAUAUGCUUGGUCUUGUACACUUGUUUUAGGCGCACUUGCAAUUUUUGCUCACUUUACCAUGGAUUAUCCGGAAAUGGGCUUACAACAUAAACCUACUUAUGAGGAAGAAAGGGAACAAAUAGGUUCACUUGGCACAAUUAUAUUUUUCGUACCUGUUGCGUUUACGGUUUUAGCAGAUGUGUUCUUCUUCGCUACUACUUUAAAAAUAAUAAACAGAAUGCACACAUAUGGAAGAAUUCACCAUAAGCUGCGUCACACAUUCCGCAUGUUCGUUUUGCUGAUGCUGGUGAUGACACUAAAAUGGUUGUUCUUCUUGGCUUCAUUCACGAAGUACGAAGCCCUCGUCAAUGCACAUAUAUUUGUUAAUACGUUCGAAGGCCCUUUGAUACUAUACGUGUGUAUCUUUAACCAGAAACACAUCGCCUAUUUACUGCAAAAAACGUGUUGCUAUACAACGUUUCCUUGUUGUAAACCAGAUCCUGAAGUAGAGUGGGGAGAUGAAAUGACAGCCAUGAACACUUUGAAUAAUUAUUAGUGUUUACCAAUUUGUGUAACGUAUUUCUUUGUUGAUUUUUUACUAAUUCUGCUAAACAUCAUUUACAAGUUAUACUAAGUAGUACACUGUUUUGAGCUAUUACUAAGAUAAUGGAUCAAAAGAGUACUCGCAUAACUUCAGUGAAUACCAAAUGAGUAUGAAAACUUUCUAUUUAUGCAGGGUGUCCAGAAACUCUUCUGGCAAACGAAGACCAGAGAUUCCUCAGAUAAUUUUAAGACAAUUUAAUCCAAUUAACCUAGUCCGAAAUUGUUUUCUAAGGGAGCUACAGAUUUUUCUAGAGAACGGUGUAUUCUACCGACUUAAAGCCAGAGUAUCUUUAACUACUAGAAUACCUCAUAAUCAAUAAUCUAGUGUCAAAAAUGCUUAAAAGUUAAGGACAAAAGUUAUUCGAUAAAAUAACCAUUGACCUACCCAAAAGGGACGCCUUUGACCGGUACUAGAAAUUUGCAAUCGAUGGAAGCGAUUUAUCUCUGGAAGAUAAAUAAGCGUACCAGCUUUUCGUUUUUCUAAACAAAAGCGCUCUGAAGGUAUUUAAAAAAACUAAUUACAAGACUCGAUCUUCAAAGAGCUCUAGCUCCCUCAGGAAACAUUUUCGGACUAGGAGAAUUGGGUUAAAUUGUUUUAAAAUUAUCUGAGGAAUUUCCGGUCUUCGUUUGUCAGAUAAUUUCUGGAAAUAUAUAAGACCUUUAAAAAAAAAGCAUUUUUCUAAUACGUUUCGUCAAUUGCUUAAACCCAAUGUUUUACGCUUUUAUUAAAGAUACUAAAGUAUCUUUAACUGAAGACACUCAAUUCAUCGCAAUUUUCACAGUGUAUAUAUGUACGUACAAAACCUAUAUACGUACAAAAUGCCAAAUACGUUUUGUUUUAUUUAUUUUCAUUUUUUCUGUACCAUCCUAAGCAACACUCUUUUACUGUUUAGUUAUCAACACUCUUUUACUGUUUAGUUAUCUUGAUAAAAUGAAUCUAAACCUCCGAUCAAUAACGUAAAAUAGAAUUAGUAAUACAAUUUUUAUAUUUUCAGUGACAUAUAUGAUAUUCAUGUAUAUUACUUAAAUAAGAUUUGGUGUCAGUGUAAUAAGUCAGACAUUUUUAUUAACGUUGAGACGUAAGGCAAACUAACUUUAAAAGAAAAUGUCGUGCAUUAUACAAUAAAUUGUUUUUUCUCUCACACAGUGCUAUCCUUUCGCGUUAAAAAGGUGUGACGACUAUUACUAUAGAGAAAUUCACACCGAAAGUGCAGUACGGCUAAGAUAGAUCAAUAUAUUUCUUAUGAGGAAUAAGCGCACAGGGUUGUCGGUCUUCACCAGUUGUUGAUUGCUCUCUCAAGAGCAUCGCACAGAAUCGCAUGCCGUGAAAUCCGGAAAAUGCGCACUCCUAUCUUAACCGUACUGCACCCCCAGUGUGAAUUUCACAAUAGAAUAUAAGUGUGUCAUUUUUUUAUUUGAGACACAAAUGUCUUUAACGAAAAUGUUUUUGAUUAUCUACAUACAACAUUUACAGCGAUACAUACUUAUCACGCUGAAACGUGUAUUAUGGCAUACAUGUAUGGAUGUAAAUACAUGCUGUAACGUGUAUUUACGUCCAUGUUCAUUUACUGCAAAUGAAUAUGGACAUGCCAGACGAAAAUUGAAGUACUUAUUAUACGUUGCUCAGUAAUCAUAAAUGUGUAAAAUUGUAAUUAAAAAUUGUUUAUUAAUUGGAUGAAGCAGAUAUGUAACGAUGUCUUAAGCCAUUCUGAUUAUUAGCGGUCAGUUGCCUUUUACAUAAAGAGAAAAUUCGUGAUGACUGUCUAUUUUUAAAGAUUGCUCAUUUUUAAGUUUAUUAAAAUGCAACCAAACAUUGCUUUUGGGUAGUACCAUUUUUUUUUCUAGUUUUAUUAACUACAAAACAAUAUUCACAUUGUGCAUAAAUACCUCAUAAUAAACGAAAUAAAUAAGAAAGGAAACAUAAUACUUAUUAUAAACACAGAUCUUACGACAUAAUUUGAGUGGUGAUUGCACUGCUCACGACUGACUACACGAUCCAAAAAUCAAACACGUUUGAUCUUCUCACGAUCGUAAUUAUUUGGAUUCAGAAUUUACUGUUCAUUUCACGAAUUUAAUAGUUUAAAGGAGCGUAUAACACGAGAUACAAGGAAGAAUACAGGGUAGAAGGAGUCGUGGAAGAAGACACAUCUCCUGGUUAAACAAUUUGAGAGCUUGGUUAACUGCACUUCGGCCGAUCUCUUUAGAGCAGCGGCAUCGAAAGAGCGAAUUGCCAUGAUGGUUGCCAACCUUCUUAGAGGAAAUGUCACAUGAAGAAGAAGAAGGAGCGUAGCUUAUGAAAGCGUGGCUCAUGUUCGUGAUUUGUACCCAUGUAAACGAUCAACGCGGCUUUAAGCGUUGUUCGAAUCUUAUUAACAUUACAUACUAUGCUUCAUCCAUUUAAUACGUUUAUAUCAGUAUUUAUUGGUCCAGGUAUCUACAGGGUAAUUUGUUGUGUUAAUUUAAGUUUUUAUUAGACAUAAUGCUCACAUUUUUAGAACUAUUUCACUGUUACUAUUAACUUUAUAUGCAUCAUAGUUAAACCACUUUCACCAUACUUUAGAAUAAAACAUAGGUUGUAGAAAAAUGUUACGAAUUAUAAAAGACUUCUUAUAGAUCUGUAUACACUGCUCACUAUGAGGUUUUUUAGAUAUAUUUACGUUAAUACAAUUAUUUGUAUAAAUUAAUAUUGUGUCAAAUAAAGGGGUGAGAAUUAUAAAAUUGUGUGUGACAAUAAGUUAAUAUUUACAUAUUAUGUCGUAUCAGAAGGUAUCAUUAUCAUUGCAUCGAAAACCCUUUAUGGGCCUUAUUCUUCUAAAUGUGCCAUGCCCAAUUUCGUGCAUAUGCAGCUCGUCUGCAUAUAUCUGUGUUUUGUAUCAUAAAAUGUACACAGAUAUUCUGAACCUACCAUUUAACAUAUAUUCCAAAUGACUAACUAUGGAAGAGAUGUACUAGACUCUAGACUGAUUAUGACUUCGUGAUUUGUAAGGGCCUUGGCAAUACCUUUGCCAAUUCUUCUUCUUUCUGUACCAUAUAUUUUUCCUUGCAGGAUGGCUUACAGGCAAGCAUAUCUUGAUUCAUUUCGCACAAUGUGUACGAAGUACUGUAACUGUCGAGAGUUGAUGGUGGCCAGUACCUUUCGGUUCUUCUUCAUUCUUCUGAGGACCUCCUCAUUUGUGACUCUGUCAGUCCACAGGAUUUUAAGUAUUCUCCGAUAUAGCCACAUCUCAAAUGCUUCCAAUUUUCUGCAGAUAUAUUCAUUCAAAGUCCACGAUUCAACGCCAUAAAAAAGAACAGAGAAUACGUAGCAUCGCGGCAUUUUAACUUUUAUACCAAGGGGAGAUUGUAGAUACUAGACAGAGGGGUUGUGUAUCUUGAAGAAGGCCCCCAUCCGGUUGAAGAUGGAUCUAGCUUUUCCGAUGAGCGCUCUUAUCUCUUGGUUGUUGGUACAUUCUUCAUUUAUUACAAUGCCGAACUAGUUGUAGUGCGUCACUCUUUCUACAGGGGUUUGGUUGACAUAGAGUUGACCUUCUGUUAUCUUCUUAUUUUACUAUAAAUGUGGUAUAUGUCCAAUUACACUUCAGCUUACACAUAUGCUCUAAACCGAGGAUUAAACACAUUUAUAUAGAUCUAAUAUUUAACUUUGCUUUGGCUUCAAUUAGAGCUUCUGUUUCGUAAGCUAACACAUACUAUAUAUUGUUUUUGACUAUAUCAAUGACUCAACGCUAUCGGAUUAAAACUUUAUUUAACACCAUAUAACAAUUUUAUAAUUCUCGUCUAGCAAAGUUUAUCACCGCCCACUUUGCCAAACGUUGUUAAAUUUUUCUAUAUUUAGACAUUUUUAUUACAAUAAACAUUGUAUAAACAUUUUUAUAAAUUUUACUUAAAAAAUUGUUUUAAGAUGAUUACAUUCCACACUGAUGCAACCAAAAAUCAGGAAAACAAUGAAAUUUAGCCUGGUCAAAUAGUAGGGCUGUGAGUAUAUUUAAAAAAAUUUCUAUAAUUAUUUCCUUUAAAGGCAGCUAUAAGUUAUUUCUGAGAUUUAAUAGCAGCUUUAUAACAAAUAGAUCUGAACACUAAUUUAAGUCACUAUAUUUAUGUAGAAUAAAAUACGAGAGAGUAUUAUAAAAAUGAUGGUGAUGUUUUCACAAGAAUCAUAAAAUAUUUAAUAAAACCGAAUAUAUUAUUGGCUAAUGCUAUAAAUUUCUACUUUUAAGCCCAAAAUAGCGCAUGUUUCCUAGAAUUAUUCUUCGUUUGAUUUCUUCCAUUAUAGAGUUCUCAUUAGUCAUGAGGAAGCCUACACCACAUUCACAUAGCAAAUUCCCAACAUAAACAAACGCACGUGUUAACGAUUCGUCCACUCAUUCGUCAAGAAGCUAUUAAAUAUAAUUUAUCUCCCUAAACGAGGCGGUUUCUCAUUUUACAGGUCCUAACUUGUCAGUCUGCAUCUGCAAAUUCAAAUUGUAUUUUUUAGCGUGUUGGUUUUUAAGAUAAUAUUAUUUUGUGUUAUGUUAUUGUACUUUACAGUAGUUAUUGUUGAGUUAUUAAUUAAGACUGGUCGUGUUUUAUAGUUUUUUAUGUUUUAUAGUCGUGACAUGAAAUUUGGCAUACAUAUACCUAGCUAAUAUGUCAAAGAAAAAAGUAAUACUGUGCCGAUGUGUGCUUUGGUCCUGGCAAAAAAUACACGUUCAAAAUAAGCCCGGAAAUGGAUGGAUGGUUUUUAGACGGUUUUUUGCAAAUAUGUAUUCCAAAAAGUAAAUAUUUUAUCGAAGAAAAAAACAUUCUUAGCAAAAAUAUAACUUAUAAAUAACAUAACCUUAUAAUAUGAUGCUACUUUAUUGAAAAUGUUCACAUUGUUACGUAUAUCUCAGUUAAUAAAUAUUUUAUUUUACCACAUUUUUCUUAAGGACAUAGGCGCAAAAUUUCGCCUGUCAAUGUUCAAUGUGUUUUAAAUGUAUUCAUUUUUUUCGAGUCCUGUGAAAACUAAUAAAUAUUUUUGAAAAAUUUAAAGGCAGAAUGAAAGAUUACAUUAUUAUUGAGGGCCGGAAGUCCCUGAAAACUUCUAUAAUGUUUAUUUUAAUAAGUUACAGGGGUGAAAAUAAAAGAGAAAAUUUAGGGUGAUUUUUAAUUGCAAAUAUUUCACUAAAAAGAAACUUUUUAUUCAUUCUAAGGGACUCUUGACCCUCGGUAAUAAGGUAAUAUUUUAUUCUGCGUGUAAAUUUUUCAAAAAUACUUAUUAGUUUUCUCAGGAAUCGAAAAAAAUUAAUACAAUUUAAAACACAUUAAAAAUUUUGACAGCCGAUAUUUUGCGCCUUUCCCCUUAAAAAGAACAAAAUCUUGUUUACAAUUAAAUUUCAAGCAAUUCUUACGGUAUUAGUUUCAAAAGUAAAUAUUUUUAAAAAAACAUAUGAUACACCUCGGUACGGUCCUGUUUAGCUUCCACGUGCGUUUGUUUACAGUUGGGAAUUUGUAAAGUGAAUGGAUUGUAAGUAUGUGAAUUUGCCCACCACCUUAAGCUAGACUAGUGAAUUGGUGACCAAUGUUUUUGGCUCUGUUGUUGAGUAUUGAUGCCACUAUUUUGUAUUUUCCUCCUUUAUUUGUAAGUCCAUAAUUUUUGAGGCAUUUGAGAAAGUGGUCUACAUUCUUCAAUUGUCUAUUCUGGCGUCUAUAACCUUCUCCAGGAAUAUGUUGCAAAGAAGCACACCAGCGCAUCUCCCUGUCGUAGUCCGAUAUGUUUUUCAAACGCUUGUGAUUGUUCAUUAUGUAUUUCUACUUUCAAACAACUUUAUGCAAUGUAGCCCUUACCAGCCUCAUUAAUUUAGAACAUAUAUUUUUUUAACACCUUCUUACAUUAGGAUGAUGUUCUGUGUUUUCUUCAAUGGUUUAGCAAUAGCAGUUGAGACAACAUAGAACUUUUGUACCAUUUCGUAGGCGGUCAUCCAGGCUAUCGAACUGUGUUUGGUCAAUUUUGACUAACCAAUCAUCUAGCAUUGUGUUACCAUUUCCAUUCUAUUCUCUUCGUUUUUUGUUUUGUUUUCCACUCUAGUCUCUAUUGAUCUGUUAUGCAUGUCUUAUGUAUUCUUACUUUACUCUUGGUACUCAUUUUUCCAAAAAAUAUGUCUCCAAUACAUCCUAAGUGAUGCCUUUGUUGUUUGGACAAUUAGGUACUUUUUCUUUUAGAUUUCUGUCACUUGUUAUGUUUAUGCACAGAUAUUUGACUGCCAUUACUUGUUCCACACUCUGAUUGUAGAUUGCGAGUUAACACUUUUUAGGUUCUCUUAGAUACUGUGAGGCCUUUGUCUUAUUUGUUUCUAAGAUAACGUUAUAUUUUUAAAAUUGUAAAAAGUAUGCUAAAACAAUCUCAUUUUUAUACUCUCUUGUAGUAUGCACAAAGUAAGUCAUUAAGACAAGUGAUUAGUGAAUAUUUACAGGUCAAAAUGUCUCUGCAUUUUAAGUUUAGUCGUAUGUCACUAAGCUAGUAUUUUUUUUAAAUAUUUUUAUGUAUUUAUAUUUUUUGUAGAUUUAUAAUUUGGCUUUUUAUACUUUUAUAUUGAUUCACUAUGUACUUAAUUUUACGUAAUAAAUAUAGUACAGAAAAUA